CCGUCCGAGGCUUGAUAAGCUCUGCGAGUCGGACGAUAUAUACGGCCUACAUGUACGAGGUAAAGUCAUGUAAAUUACUGUGCCAGUGGAAUACAGAAUACAAUUUAUAUCGGACGCGGUAGAAAUCGUGCGAUUGCGGGCCUCGGACAUCCAGUCGUAUAAUUAUAUGAAAUUAUUAAAGUUGCUUAAUUUGUUCGUCCGAUUUUCGAACAAUUUUCCGAGAGUUGAACUUAGAUGCCAACCGCACCUGCGGUAAGCCGGCGGGCAUGGUGUACGGGUGUAUGCGUGCCUAGUAGGGAGGUUGCGGAGAAGAGGGGGGGGUGAAUUUUCCGAGGAGCAGAAGCGCGAGAAUAUUGAUUAAAGCUCGAGGCGACGGCGCAAACUCCGGGGGAAUACUUCGAGGACUUCAUGAAUGACACCUUGCAUAUGGAAGGAGCGAUCCGUUGAGUUUUAAAUCGCUAUUAUCAGCUGUGCCGCGGGUUAAGGAAGCGACGAGGAUGCCCCCCAGGCCUUUCCCGUACGCGUUCCUCGUCUUGCUCGGUGUUGUUAUCUCGGCGUUUGCUGCCCAGGAUUUUCAUCGCUAUCUGCGAGAUCUGACGCCAGAACCUUCUUCCGAAAACUUGGCUCUGACAGACCUGCAGACGUGGUUAUUAAAGCCACGAAAUCACGAUGCCGCCACUUACGGUUCACUGCACUACCCAGGCUCGAAGGAAUUUAUCGAAGGAACUCGCAGGUUCCUUGAAGCUUUGAUUGACAAGUCGAGGGUGGCGGUCCAUCGAAGGCUCGGCAAAAACCACCGUUUCAAUGAAGGCGGCACGGUUCACCGACCAUACGCGGGACGGUAUCACCCCAGAGAGUCGCAACCGUUUCUGAUACACCCGAGGUAUCCUGUGUUCAACGAGCCACUGGCUGAAGCGACGUCCCGCCAAAAUCUGCAGGACUACCAAACGGCCGAACAUCGUCACCGUAGCCAGGAUGGCUUGAAUCACGAAAUGAAGAAUCGACCGUCAUUUGAUUCUUCUUCAGCAGAUCGUUUUCCCUCCAAUCACCAGGAGCCGGAAGUCGGUGAUUCAAGAAGCCACGCUAAUGAUCACGAAGUGAAAGGUGAUGAAUUCUCUUACAUGUUUGCUCAGCCGAGCAUCCCCGAUAAGCAGCCUUCGUUCGCCUGGACACCAAACGAUCCAGGCUAUUAUGAUGGUCUCGAAGUGACGCAAACAGAUAUGGAGGACUUCCAAGACGAGAAAAGAACAGAGCGAACCCAGGUGACCAGCGUGGACGUUAGACCGAGUUACGACCAGGAGUUGGUGAAAUUAACUGAAGUAAAUUUUCCGACGGAUGGCAAUAGCGACGACAGUGACAACGACAACGACGGUUACGAUGACGAGGACGAUGCUCCAAGAGCUCCUCCAGAACUUCAGCGUCGCGCCGAGUCACACGGUCCCUUGGUCACAUCGGUUGACCACAAGAUCAACAAUGACAUCUAUUUUGUUGCGGUUGUAGCUGGUUGCAGCGCCGCUGCUAUGUUCGUCCUAGUGCUGAUCAGUCUCACCUGGUGCAGACUUCAGCGCGGAGCUAAGGCUGCAGCGGAUGUCGAGUAUCCGGCAUACGGCGUGACGGGUCCCAACAAGGAUACAUCGCCCUCGGGUGAUCGGAGGCUCGCUCAAUCCGCGCAAAUGUACCACUAUCAACACCAAAAGCAACAGAUCAUUGCCAUGGAGAGUCGAACCGCGGCGGCUCGAGAUCCCGGCUCUGUGUCGGAGGCGGAAAGCGACGAGGAGAACGAGGAAGGCGAUUACACCGUAUACGAGUGUCCAGGACUCGCCCCGACGGGGGAAAUGGAAGUGAAGAACCCGCUGUUUCACGACGACCCAACCCCUGCAACCCCGGCGGGACCGGGGCAAACCAACCGAUCAUCAGAGGACCACAUGUAGUUUCGACUGGGGCGCAAUAGACCCUAAAUUGCAGAAACCUUCCCCUGCUGGGUUUCCUGGUGCUUAGUUCACUCUGAAUGUAUCAUAUCCAAAGUCUUUAAUCCAAUAGUAUACAUACAUUGUAGAUGUACACACACACACACACACACACACACACACACACACACACACACACACACACACACACACACACACACACACACACACACACACACACACACACACACACACACACACACACACACAUUAUACAUACUAUACAUAAUUAAUAUGCCAUACUGCAAAAUCCUAUAUUACUAUUUGUACUGUGAGACGAAUCUUUUUCGUAUAUCAAUAACUAUAAAUGCGAAGUAGUUAUGUUCGCGUAUUCUUUCGAGACGCAUAAUGAGAGUCAGCCGCGCUGCGAGGAAAACGAAUAAGUAAAUUAAUAUCAAAUCGAAUGAGAAUCCUAUACAAUGCCUACAUGGAACUCGGUUUUCACUCGGGGUUAUUUUUAUACCUAGUGUGGUUUUCACAAUAUACGGAUUAACAAACACUACGAGUAAUCCGCGAUAUCGAGUAAUCUCUGCGUUUCAUUCUUCAGCACGAACCUGAAAUACGUGUAAUUCAUCCAUCGUAUCGAUUGCUCUCACGAUUGAAGUAAAGUCGAGGUUUUGUUUGCACGAUGUAAUAUGCGAGAGUUUUUGGUUUGAAUUUCACACAAAGAACCGGGACGAUUCAAUUACCGUCGAAUCGUAUACCUAUUUGCACUUACUAACAAGAGUAUAAUAUUCCUUCCUACGUCCAAAGUUCAGGAAAUUAAAAAUAUCAUCUUCCAUCUCUACCGAUAAGCUUAUUGAGAGCAAAUUAAUUUUUCUCAGCGACGUUACUAAUGUUGCAUGUCAUCGUCACAUGGAACUAUAGGUACCGAUAAUUUGAGAAAUCUUACAAAAUUUUUAAAUUGUGUUCUGCUUUGAACAGAAAUGUUUACUUGAAUACAAUAUUAUUUGGUAUUAUAGAUGCAUAUUGUGAGAGAGGAAGAGACAAUUUUCUCCUUAUAAAAAUGCAGGUAAUUCUUUUCGAGUAGGUCAUCACAUUUACGGGCUUCAUUCGUUUCGUCUAUUUUUUUAUGAGUAUAGAAAGUGACUAUUUAUCGAACGAAUAUAUGAAAUGCGAAGGCAAGGUAGCUCACCGAAGAGAAAUACGGAUUUUCGGAUGCUAGAUUCUUAUUCGUUUGAGUAUUUGUAAAGUUAUAUAUUAUCAGCCGUACGUUUCACAUAUUGACUAUCGUACUGAGGAUUAAAUCAGUUUGUUUUUCUGUGGGGCCACCUUGCAUAUAGCAGAACUUUGAAUAUAUAAAUAUAUUUACAAUUGAAUAUAUAUAUACAUAUAUAUAUAUAUAUCUAUUAACAGACGUACCUAUGUAUACAUCCGACUAUAUCUACAGUUGAAAAAGAGACUUUUAUUGAUGUUAUAAUGUAUAAUGAAUCAAAGAAUUGAACAACCCAUUCUAAUAAAGUAUAGCGUGGCUCUUUUAAUAAUAUUUUUUAGUAAUAUACCUAUGUAAUUAUGCGGAUCUCAACACGGAUCAAGAGUCGUAGGUCCAAGUUGUUUUGCAUUAUACGCAUUCAGUUCGUAAAAAAAAAAAAAAAAAUACCGAAUUAGCAUAGCGUAAAGCACCUUCUUGUAUGUAUACGUACAUGCUAUAUAAUAUUAAUUUUUUCUUCCACACGUGGUAUUGCUAA